GAGUUGUAGUUCGAUCCGCUCGCGCCGUCGCUCUGUGGGCUCGGCGCCGGCCUUUGUCUGUCUGCGGGCGCGCGCCGCUGCGGUGUUCAAGAAUAGCCCAUGGAAGAAUCAUAUGAAGAAGUGGUGAUUAAGGUCAUACAGCAGGCGUGGACAUGUUUGGAUUUCCAACAGCUACCCUGCUGGACUGUCAUGGAAGAUAUGCGCAGAAUGUAGCAUUUUUCAAUGUGAUGACAGAAGCCCACCACAAAUAUGAUCACUCUGAGGCCACAGGAUCCUCAAGCUGGGAUUUCCAGAAUUCUUUCAGAAGAGAGAAGCUGGAACAAAAAUCCCCAGAUUCUAAGACACUACAGGAAGAUUCACCUGGAGUGAGACAGAGGGUCUAUGAGUGUCAGGAAUGUGGAAAAUCCUUCAGGCAAAAGGGUAGUCUAACCUUGCAUGAGAGAAUCCACACUGGUCAAAAGCCCUUUGAGUGUACCCAUUGUGGAAAAAGCUUCAGGGCCAAAGGCAAUCUUGUUACACAUCAGCGAAUACACACAGGAGAGAAGCCCUAUCAGUGCAAGGAGUGUGGGAAAAGCUUUAGUCAACGAGGUAGUCUGGCUGUUCAUGAAAGACUCCAUACUGGACAGAAACCCUAUGAGUGUGCUAUUUGUCAGAGAAGCUUCAGGAAUCAAAGUAACCUUGCUGUUCAUAGAAGAGUUCACAGUGGUGAAAAGCCCUAUAGAUGUGAUCAGUGUGGAAAAGCCUUCAGUCAGAAAGGAAGCUUAAUUGUUCACAUCAGAGUCCACACAGGCCUGAAACCCUACAGAUGCAGUCACUGUGGUAAGGACUUCAGUGAGCACUCAGAACUACUACUUCAUCAAAGACACCACACAGAAGAAAAGCCCUACAAAUGUGAGCAGUGUGGGAAAGGCUUCACAAGGAGCUCCAGUCUCCUCAUCCAUCGAGCAGUCCACACGGAUGAGAAACCCUAUAAGUGUGACAAGUGUGGGAAGGGCUUCACUCGGAGUUCGAGUCUGCUCAUUCAUCACGCAGUCCAUACAGGCGAGAAGCCUUAUAAAUGUGACAAGUGUGGAAAGGGCUUUAGUCAGAGCUCCAAACUGCAUAUCCACCAGCGAGUGCACACUGGCGAGAAGCCCUAUGAGUGUGGGGAGUGUGGUAUGAGUUUCAGUCAGCGCUCCAACCUGCACAUCCACCAGCGAGUCCACACUGGGGAGAGGCCCUACAAGUGUGGGGAGUGUGGGAAGGGCUUCAGUCAGAGUUCGAACCUUCACAUUCACCGCUGCAUACACACAGGCGAGAAGCCUUUCCAGUGCUACGAGUGUGGGAAGGGCUUCAGCCAGAGCUCCGAUCUCCGCAUCCAUCUCAGAGUCCACACUGGAGAGAAGCCCUAUCACUGCGGCAAGUGUGGGAAGGGAUUUACCCAGAGCUCAAAACUCCUCAUCCAUCAGAGAGUGCAUACUGGAGAGAAGCCCUAUGAGUGCAGCAAGUGUGGGAAGGGCUUCAGCCAGAGCUCCAACCUCCACAUCCACCAGCGGGUUCAUAGGAAAGAUCCCAUUAAAUAAGGUCUUCAGUCAUAUGCUCAUACUGUAAAGACUUAAAUAUUUUUAACGUCAUUCUUUUAUAUUCUCAGGAGAGAGAUAGUAAAAGUUACUCAUUUAUGUUCCCUCACUGAAAAUCAUACAUUCAUUUAAAGUAUUUAAGUACCAAGCUCUUUGUUAUGCUAUACAACAAACUGACUUCUGGUUCCUCAUAUGGGUACAGUGAAAUGUCUGUACUUUGUAGUUCAGCCAGUGUUAUCAGAACUACAUGUCCUACCCAGCUUUUUUUAAGUGCAAGAACUUUAUAUUUGUGUAAGCAGAACAUGUUUCCCUUUGUUCAUAUUCUCUGAGAAAUUGUAACUCUGGUUUCUCUU